AUGACUUAUGCAGCUACCUCAUCAACCUCGGCCGUUCAUGGCGACCCUCAAGCAAGUUUAAAGCUUGCUGCUUCACGCCCCAGGCCUAAGCUACAUCAUAUUUUUACUUCAUCAGCAAUACCUGCUGCUCUGGCACCUACCUACGCGUCUUCAUACACAACAACUCCAACAUCUCUACCUCCCUCUUGCACUCCGUCAAAUGAUUCAAGCCCUUUGGGCACCCCUUUCCUCUCAGCAGUCGACUCCCUUCGGGAUCGAGUUACACCACUUCCUCCCACCUCUGCGCCUUCUCUAGAGCUUGGGGAUAGCAUCAUGGCUGUCCCCGCAACCAUCAGUGCUUCCUACCCGGGAGAUACGGUUAUCCCAAACUCUAUCAAGGGUACGGGCUUGAUGCGCCGAAUCUCUAGAGGCGCUGCGAAUAAGCUCACUAGACGAAGAACUUCGAAUUCCCACAACGACAAACGUGACCGCAGCUCCGGCCCUGUCAUUAUGCGCCGCCGCAGUGAUAGUAAAACUGGGACGCAAACUGGCCGCGACAGUGCCCUUGAUUCCAGCUAUGAAGAAGACAGCAACGAUGCUCUCGAUGCGUUAGGUGGAUGGGCCGGUUCAGAGGCGUCUAGUGUUCCAAACGACAAUACUCCGACUGUUCCCCGCAACCCGGCUGUCGUUGCACCUACGGUAGAUUCGGCUAUUCAGCGCGGAACUAUUCUCACCAAAGUUACGAAAAAAAGAAGAAAGCAAGUACGCUUUCUACUCAAUCUAGACGCAGGCAAAGUCUACUGGGAUCCCUCGAAUCCAGCCAAGCGGUUCUAUAUCGACGAUGUCAAAGAGAUUCGGGUUGGUGCAGAUGCACGCAAUUACCGAGAAGAGCAUCAAGUUUCCCAAGAUGCGGAGAAUCGAUGGUUUACAAUUGUGAUCGCGGAUGCCGAGCGAUCCAAAGGCCGACCAGUCAAGACGAUACACCUUAUUGCCCCAAACGAACGUCUGCUGAAACUUUGGACGACGACUUUGGAGUAUAUUUCGCGGUACCGGGUGGGGCUUAUGGCUGGUCUGGCAGCCUCAAACCAAAAUGAAUCGGUUCUAAAAGCUCACUGGCAGCGCGAAAUGACGAGGCUUUUUCCAAAUGGAAUGAAAGCAGGAGACACAGAGACGCUCGAUUUCGCAGCCGUUGAAAGCGUUUGUCAAAGUCUGCACAUUAACUGUUCCCAGAAUAUGUUACGCGCUCAUUUCUUGAAGGCUGAUACUGGCAAGCACGGGAAGCUCAAUUUCGAUGAAUUCAAAGACUUCGUCACACGUCUAAGAGAGCGAAGGGAUGUCCGAGAGAUCUUCAGGAGCCACGCCGACGAUCAUCGUGAGGGCUUGACAUUGGAGGAGUUUCUAAUCUUCCUUCGCGACGUACAGAAGGAGGAUAUAGAUUCUGACCGCGCGUAUUGGAUAUCUGUCUUUGAUAAACUUGUCAGAAAGUCGAAAUCGCGCACACAAAGCCCUACUGGUACGAGCUCUGAGGACCAGUCUUCUCGCAUGAGUCUCGAUGCUUUCUCCUCGUUUCUUGCCUCUGCCCGCAAUGGGGUGUAUGCCUCUCGCUCGCCUCAGUCCAGAUUUGACCGGCCGUUGAACGAAUAUUUUAUCUCAAGCUCCCACAACACCUAUCUUCUUGGCCGACAAGUCGCAGGGUCUUCUAGCACCGAAGCGUAUAUAAGCGCUUUAACGCAGGGAUGCCGCUGUAUAGAGAUAGAUUGCUGGGAUGGUGCAGAUGGUCGGCCCAUUGUGUCUCAUGGAAGGACCAUGACCACUAGUGUCUUGUUUGCCGAUUGUAUCACCGUUAUCAACCGCUACGCCUUCUUUUCUAGCGAGUUUCCACUCGUCAUAUCCCUUGAAGUGCACUGCAACCCUGAACAGCAAAUUGCUAUGGUGAAAAUCAUGAAGGAGACCUUCGGAGAAAAGCUGAUCUUAGAGCCGCUUUCUAACUCAUUCGUUCUCCCCUCGCCAGAAGAGCUCAAGCGUCGUAUUCUCAUCAAGGUCAAGACGUGUGAUGAGACGGAAAAUAUACGACAAGACCCAAUAACUUCAUUUCAUGGUCGGAAGCGAAGCUCAAGUUCUCCUUUCAUUCGCCCUUCGAUGUCCGAUGGACCUACAUUACCUAACCUUCCGUCGCUUUCAAGUCCACCCACAAUAGGUGCAGAUUGCCCGGGUCCAUUCUUGGUACCCGAGAGGAGGUCAUUGACUACCACCAGCAUCAGCAGCGCCACUGAGGACAGUGACGGUGGUCUUGUCUCCGUCAGGAAAGAGAGAAGAAGGCGGCAAAAGAGCAAAAUCACUAAGCCAUUGUCCGACUUGGGAGUGUACACACGCGGCUACAAAUGGCAUAGCUUUGCCUCUGCGGAGAGCCAAGCAUUCAACCACGUUUACUCCUUUGCCGAGCGGUCUUUUGAAAGUAUUUGUCGGGAGCCCAGCAACAAGGCCCUUUUCGAGAAGCAUAAUUCAAAAUAUCUGACGCGGGUAUAUCCCUCCGGUUUUCGGCUACGAUCGUCUAACUUCGACCCCCUUAAAUUCUGGCGACGUGGUGUCCAGAUGGCUGCGCUCAACUGGCAGACUUAUGACAUUGGUAUGCAGAUGAAUCAGGCCAUGUUUGCUGCAGGAAGCGACCGUACUGGAUAUGUGCUCAAGCCAGAGUCUCUCCGUGUUGUCUCAUCAGAGAAAGACACGAGAAUCACGGAAAGGAAACUUGUCCGGUUCUCCGUCGAUGUCAUUUCCGCUCAGCAACUCCCCCGACCACAAAAUAUGUCUUCGGACGGGAACAUCAAUCCAUAUGUCGAAAUUGAGAUGUUUAGUGCGGACGAUCGUGGUCAAAGCUUUGCAUUCGGCGAAGGUGGCAUGAACGCUUCUGCCCGAAACGGCAUGUCAGGCAUCGGCUUUCCGCAUCGCCGGCGCACCAAGAUUGAGCAACGGAACGGGUACAGCCCAAACUUCAACGAAAGUUUUCGUCUGUCACUGGAGACAAAAUACCCGGAUUUGGUGUUUGUUCGCUGGACUGUCUGGAGCUCACUUGAUGGCCGAAGCACGGGAACCAACGGCAGUGUUCAACUGGCCACGUUCACCGCUAAGCUCACCAGCCUCUCCCAAGGGUACCGGUAUCUUCCUCUGUAUGAUGGAAGCGGUGAUCAAUAUAUCUUUUCAACCCUGUUCUGCAAGAUUUCGAAAGAGGAACCCAUUUCUGUUCGCCGACUGAAUGCCGACGAACUCAGAGCCGAGCGGUUGGGUAUACUUCGUCAAAUCGGCCAAACGGUCUUCAAGCGCACCUCGUCAACCGAACGGGAGAAGCAAGAUCAAUCAGACAAGGGAACUGAGACGCCAAUAUGUCUAGAGGGCAAAGAGAUAUCUCCGGCGUUGACCCCAACCAUUUCGACCACCUCAACGGCGUCAUAA